AACAGCACUUUGCGUCUUAAAAGGGAUUUUCAUUUGUUUACUAUAUUUACUUCUUAGAAAAACUACAACAAUUAGCUGUCUAACAAUGGAGGAAAUAUGCAGAGUUUGCUUGGGAACUUCUGGAGCAUUCACAAACAUUUUUGAUGAGACUCCAAUAAGGAAAACUGGCAUUGCUGAAAUGAUUACGGAGUGCACAGGAUACGUGGUUUGGCGAGGGGAUGCACUCCCAGAAAACAUAUGUCCACCCUGCCUAGAGGAUGCAGUGGGCGCAUUCUACCUCAAGAGAACCUGCGAGCAGAGCCAUAAACUAUAUUUCACGCGGCUGGAGGAGGAAAGAGAAGAAGAAGAAAUCUGUGAUAAUGCAAAAGACGAUAGUUGCGAGACGUCGGGUAUUGGAAGUGAGCAAUUAAACCAGUUAGAAACCGAUGCAAAGGAUCAAAGUGAGAAGGAUACACUUAGUAGGCACUUAAUUGAUCAUCCAUACUCAAAGUCAUUUAAUCGGAAAGUGAGCCUUAAACCACCACAUAAAUGCCCUCGCUGCUUAAAGGCAUUUUCUGAAAAAGAAGAACUAGACGUACACCGCCGUUCUCACGUUGGGGAGCGACCGUUCAAGUGUACUCACUGCCCGAAAGCAUAUAUAAGUGAGAAAGUUCUUACAAAUCACAUACAAAGUCACACAGGAUAUCGACCAUACAAAUGUUCUUACUGCCCGAGAUCAUUUCAAGAGAAAGCGUUUCUCGAGAGACACCUACCCAUUCACACGAAGGAGCGUCCACAUAAGUGUCCUGAAUGUCCAAAGUCCUAUUUUAUACCCAAUAAUCUAAAGAUUCACAUUCGUACGCACACGGGAGAACGACCAUUCAAAUGUUCCCUCUGUCCAAAAACCUAUACAUCAAGAGGUGUUCUCAAACUUCACAGCCGUACUCACACUGGGGAGAGGCCGUUUAAGUGUUCUGAAUGCCCCAAGUCAUUCGUUGAAAGCGCAGGUCACCGAACUCACAUGAUAAUGCAUUCCGAUGAGCGACCCUUUCAAUGCUCCCGCUGCUCAAAGUCAUUUAAAAUCAGACGCACCCUUGCAUCACACACCCGAACUCACACGGGUGUACGAAAAUUUCAAUGCUCUCAAUGCUCAAAGGCAUUUGUAGAAAAACAUGCACUAACGAAGCACCUCCUUACUCACACUGGGGAGCGACCAUACAAGUGUGAUCACUGCCCGAGAUCAUUUAAGCAAAAUAUAUCUCUAAAAAAGCACUUAAAAAAACAUCCAGAUUAUCGACCACAUAUAUGUUCUUACUGCUCGGAGCCAUUUCAAGAGAAAGCGGAUCUCGACAGACACCUCACCACUCAGGCUGACUGCUCAAAGAAAUUUGAACAUGAAAUAACUGUUAAAAAUCACACCUCCAGUCAGUCGCAAAAGACUAAAGAUCCUAUCCUUAAGCAAUCUUACCAUUGUGAUCACUGCACGAGAUCAUUUAAGCAAAAGACAUCUCUAACAAAGCACUUAAAAAAACAUCCAGAUUGUCGACCACAUAUAAGUUCUCACUGCUCGGAGUCAUUUCAAGAGAAAGCGGAUCUCGAUGAGCACCUCACUGACUGCUCGAAGUCAUUUGAACUUGAAAUAUCUGUUGAACCGCAAGAGCAUCAAAUCUUUAAUCACACUGGGGAGCGACCGUACAAGUGUGAUCACUGCCCGAGAUCAUUUAAGCACAAGACAUCUCUUACAAACCACAUAAAAAAACAUCCAGAUUGUCGACCACAUAUAAGUUCUCACUGCUCGGAGUCAUUUCAAGAGAAAGCGGAUCUCGAUGAGCACCUCACUGACUGCUCGAAGUCAUUUGAACUUGAAAUAUCUGUUGAACCGCAAGAGCAUCAAAUCCUUAAUCACACUGGGGAGCGACCGUACAAGUGUGAUCACUGCCCGAGAUCAUUUAAGCACAAGACAUCUCUUACAAACCACACACAAAAACAUCCAGAUUGUCGACCAUAUGUUAGUUCUCACUGCUCGGAGUCAUUUCAAGAGAAAGCGGAUCUCGAUGAGCACCUCACUGACUGCUCGAAGUCAUUUGAACUUGAAAUAUCUGAUGAACCGCAAGAGCAUCAAAUCCUUAAUCACACUGGGGAGCGACCGUUCAAGUGUGAUCACUGCCCGAAAUCAUUUAAGCACAAGCCAUCUCUUACAAAACACAUACAAAAUCAUCCAGAUUAUAAGUGUGAGCUCUGCUUUAAGUGCUUUUUUAAAAAGUCCCACCUUCGGGAACACACUUAUACGCACAUAGAUGAUGAACCAUUUCAAUGUCCUCAGUGCGCGAAAACAUUUAAAGAGCAAGAGGCCCUCGAGACGCACAUUCAAACACAUGCGGAGGAGCGAAUAUAUACGAUUUCUGACUGCUAUCCCAAGGUCAGUGUGUUUAGGUGUCCUCACUGCUCGAAGACAUUUCCUGAAUACGCAAAUCUCCGCUAUCACCUUUAUUCGCACGCGAAUGCACGACCCUACCACUGCUUCUUAUGCAGAGCGACGUAUACGCAAUUACGCAGCCUCAAAGAACACUUAUUAAGUGCUCACAAUAUCGAAGACAAGCGAUCAUAUAGGCGGCCAUCUGGUUAUACAACUAAAUUUAGAGAACAUUAUCAUUUAUAACUUAUGUGCGGUUUAAACAAAUUUCGAUUAAA